CGCUUCCUUGACUCUUGUAUCGGGCGCAGAGACGGUCAUAAUAUAAUAUACUCUAUGGAGACGGUCUUUAUUUAUUAAUUGUGCCGGUCAUGUGUGAUUAAAAUGAAUAAUUUAUUGCGAAUAAGGAUUGUUGUGUUAAUGUGAUUAUAUCGCACAAAAGAAAACUGUAUCAAAUUUAAAAUAAUAGAUUUUAAAUAGAUAGGGAAAGCUUUAUAGAUUUACUGUGGUUUAUUCAAAUCUAUUUCUUAAUAGGUUUGACGAGUGCGGCACAAUGUUUAAAGUGAAGCUAUUAUAGAUUCGAACUUCGAAGAUAUGCAACCGUCCCUUGGGAUGGCAAGCCCACUGCUUGCUGUUCUUAUAUUAGCGGCUUCGGCGUUCGCUUCGAGCCCAAUACUACCCGGGAUACCGGGCGAGGGGGACGAGGCGGGCGCGGUGACGUGCGGCGCAGAUCAGUUCGCGUGCGCGGACGGGUCGCGCUGCGUGCCCGCCGCCUGGCGCUGCGACGGGCGCCCGCACUGCCCCGACACCUCGGAUGAGCUCAACUGCACAUGGAACACGACGUGCGGAGCGGGGCAGUUCCGGUGCGUGCGCAGCGGGCUGUGCGUGGCGGACAGCUGGCGCUGCGACGGCGACGCCGACUGCGGCCCGCACGACUCCUCCGAUGAAGACCCUUACAUGUGUGAGAAGGACUUCAAGUGCUGGGGCAACUGGGCGCGGUGCAGCACGCCGCUGGAGGGCCGCUUCAGCUGCGUGCCCGUGGAGCAGUUCUGCGACGGUGUGCGGCACUGCCUCGACGGCAGCGACGAGUGGGCCAUCUGCAACAACUUCACAGAGUCGCAGUGCGCGGCGCUGGGCUGCAGCGCGUGCCGGCCGACGCACGAGGGGCUCGCCUGCUACUGCGCGCCCGGCUACGAGCCCAGGAACGGCACGUGUGUUGAUAGUGAUGAAUGUCAGUGGGAAGGUGCGUGCGCGCAACAAUGCCACAACACGGCGGGCUCGUUCACGUGCGCGUGCGCCGCCGGGUACGCGCUGCAAGAUGAUCAGAGAUCCUGUGUUGCUAUUAACGACCCGCCGUCGGAGCCGCUGUCUCUGGUGGUGGUGACGCAGAGCGAGGUGCGGCGUGCGUGGCUCCCCCCCUCCCCGCCCGCCCCCCACACCCCCCACACCCCGCACACCGCACACACCCCCCACACUGCGCCCCGCAACCACACGCUCGCCGCGCUCAACGUGCGAGCGAUCGAUAUACAUUACACCAAUAGAUCGAUCUGCUACAUCCAUCACAACGUGAGUCGCAGCGGCAUCGUGUGUGUGGACGCGGACGACUUCUCCAAACGCACACAUCUGGCGACGCCCGAUCUCUUUCCGGACCUCGAAUCGGUGUCGCACCUGGCCAUCGACUGGAUCUCGGGCAACUGGUACCUGGCGGACGAGUCGCGCGAGGCGGUGUACGCGUGCGACGCGGCGCUGGCGCUGUGCCGCGUGCUGCUCGACGCCGACCUCAGCAAGCUGCACGGCUUCGCGCUCGACCCGCUCGCCGGGCUGAUGUUCUGGACGGUGUGGGGCGGGUCGGCGGCGGCGGUGCGCGCGGCGGCGCUGGGCGGGGCAGACGGGCGCGCGCUGGCGGCGCGGCGGCUCGUGUACCCGGGCGCGCUGGCCGCCGAGCCCGCCGCGCGCCUGCUGUACUGGGCCGACGCCUACCUGGACUGCGUGGAGCGCGCGCGCUACGACGGCUCCGCCCGCCUCACCAUCCGCAAGGGAUACUCGACGCAGAAGCUGCAGCACAUCUCGGUGCUGAACGGGCGCGUGUACCUGCCGGUGUGGGGCAACAGCAGCGUGGUGUCGGCGCGCGCGGGGCCCGCACACGCCCCGCCCGCCCCGCACGCCCCGCACGACGCGCCGCUGGGGCUCGCGCUGCAAGACCGCCCCACCUCCGUGCUCGUGUUCCAUCGACAGAGGCAGCCAAUAGUGCAACAUCCGUGCUCGGUGAACAAGGGAGGCUGCGCGCACCUGUGCAUCACUGCGUACCGCAACGGCACCGCGCACGCGGAGUGCAUGUGCAAGCACGGGUACCGCCUCGUGGGCCACGGGGACUGCGAACGUGUGGAGGAGGACGAGUGGCUGGUGGUGUGCCGCGGGUCGCCGCCGCUGGUGCAGAGCGUGGGGCUGCGCGGGGCGGGGCGGGCGCGGGGCGGGGGCGAGCCGGCCGCGCCCGCCGCGCACGCCGCCCGCCCAACCGCUGCCGACGUCGACUUCGCUACCGACACGCUCUACUACUGCGACGUGCAUCGAUAUGAAAUAGUUCGACAAAAAUUCGAUGGCAGUGGCCGCGAGGUGUUCAUUGGUGAAGACGUAGACAAUUGUGAAGGAUUGGCUGUAGACUGGAUAGGACGCAACCUGUACUGGACGGACGACGCGCUGGGCCGCAUCAGCGUGGCGCGGCUGGACUGGGCGGCGGCGCGCGCUGCGCUCGUCGACGAGCGGGACUUCAACCCGCGCGCCAUCGCGCUCGACCCGCCCAACCAAGUGAUGUAUUGGAGCGUGUGGGAAGGCGCGAGCGGGGGCCGCGGGCGCAUCGAGGUGGCGAACAUGGACGGGUCGCAGCGGCGCGUGCUGGCGGGCGCGGGACUGCACUGGCCCAACGGGCUCGUGCUGGACGCCGCGCGCCACUAUCUGUACUGGUGUGACACGUACCUCAACAAGAUCCAGCGGCUGCGUGUGACGUCAUCCGGCGACGCGCUUGCGGGCGCCGAGCCGCAGCUGGUGCUGGCCAGCACGCCGCAGGUGCCCAUCUCCAAGCCUUAUGGACUCGCUUUGUAUAAUGGUGAUGUGAUAUGGAGCGAGCACGGCACGGGCUGGGUGCGCAAGCUGGAGCGCGGCGUGGUGAAGCCGCUGCGCCAGUUCCCGCCGCCGCUCUACGACAUACGACUCGUCUCCAAGAACUUGCGGGAUGGCCGCAAUGCGUGCUCGUUCGCGAACGGCGGGUGCAUGGAGCUGUGCCUGGCGGCGGGUGCGGGGGGCGGUGCGGGGGGCGGUGUGGGCGGGGCGGGGGGUGGGGCGGGGGCGGGGCGCGUGUGCGCGUGCGGGGCGGGGCGCGUGCUGGCGGCGGACGGCAGCUCGUGCGCCAACCGCACCGCCGCCGAGCCGCCGCGCUGCCCGCCCGAACACUUCCACUGCGGACGGGGGCGAUGUAUUGAUGGCUCGCUGGUGUGUGACGGUGACGCAGAUUGCCCGGACGGCUCGGACGAGAAUUCCACGCCUGGUGGCCCCUGUGCUAACGUGACUUGCAACGAGGAUCAAUACAUGCAAUGCGAUACUAAUCGCUGCAUUCCAAAAAGCUGGGUCUGCGAUGGACUUAAAGACUGCCGCGACGGGUCGGACGAGAGCGGUGCGUGGUGCGCGCGCGUGGUGUGCGGCGCGGAGCAGUUCGCGUGCGCGCGCUCGCGGCGCUGCCUGCCCGCCGCCUGGCGCUGCGACGGGGACGCCGACUGCGGGCCCGGCGACCCCAGCGACGAGGCUGAUUGUGACUCGGGCUCGUGCACGGGCGUGAUGUUCAAGUGCACGAACGGCGCGUGCGUGCCGUGGGAGUACUACUGCGACGGGCACGCGGACUGCGGCGACGCGUCGGACGAGGUGGCGUGCCGCUCGCCCGCGCGCGCCUCGCCGCGCCCGCGCCCCGCCCCCACCGCGCCCGCGCCCGCCACCGACCGCGUGCCGCACCGCCCGCACUCGCACUACCAUUACCACGAUUCGGAUCGUGGAGGAUUGUGCGAAGAACACGAAUUUCAAUGUACUAACAUGGAAUGCAUUCGAAAAGAAUUCAGGUGCGACUCGCGCGUGGACUGCCUGGACGGGUCGGACGAGCUGGAGUGCGGCGCGCUGACCGGCAGCACCAGCACGAGCCCGCCGCCCGCCAGCACGCCGCCCGCGGACGACUGCGGCUGGCCCGCGCUGCGCUGCGACAACCGCACGCGCUGCGUGCCGCUCGCCGACCUGUGCGACGGGGUCGCCGACUGUGCGGACGGCGCUGAUGAAUCGGAUCGCUGUGGCGAGCCCAUGUGCGUGGUGUCGGGCUGCUCGCACGCGUGCCACCCCACGCCGCGCGGGCCCGCGUGCUCGUGCCCCGCGCCGCUGCACCUGCAGCGCGACCGCCGCACGUGCCGCGCCGAGCACGCGUGCGCCGACUGGGGCGUCUGCAGCCAGACGUGUCAACCGCAAAAGAACCGCUAUCGCUGCACGUGCUACGAAGGAUAUCGACUCGCUGAUGACGGUUUCACCUGCAAAAGUACAGACGCUGUGGGCGGCGUGCUGGUGUUCAGCAACCGGCACGAGGUGCGCGCGGUGGAGCUGGGCUCGCUGGCGUCGCGCGCGCUGGUGUCGUCGCUCAAGAACACCAUCGCGCUGGACUGGCGCCGCGCCGCCGGCCGCGUGCAGCUCUACUGGACCGACGUCGUCGACGACAACAUCUACCAGGGCACCAUCGUCGACAACGCUCUGAGUGACAUAAAGGUUGUGGUUCAACAAGGACUGUCGACUGCGGAGGGCUUAGCCGUAGACUGGAUCGCCGGUAACCUGUACUGGGUGGAGAGCAGUCUUCAUCAAAUCGAGGUCGCUCGAGCGGACGGGCAGUACCGUCGCACUCUGAUCGCAGGCGACAUCGACAGUCCUCGCGCCAUUGCAGUCGACCCUAGAAAAGGCUACCUGUUCUGGAGCGACUGGGAGCAGAGCGCGCCGCGCAUCGAGCGCGCGUCGCUGGCGGGGCGCGCGCGCGUGCGCGUGGUGCGCGUGGACGCGCUGGCGGCCGGCGCCUGGCCCAACGGCAUCGCGCUCGACCACCGCGCCGAGCGCCUCUACUGGAUCGACGCCAGAUCGGACUCGAUCCACACGACCACGUACUCGGGCUCGGACCACCGCGAGGUGCUGCGCGGGCACGCGGCGCUGGCGCACCCGUUCGCCAUCACGGUGUUCGAGGGCCACGUGUACUGGACCGACUGGCGCAGCAACAGCGUCGUGCGCGCCAACAAGUGGAACGGCUCCGACGUCACUGUUGUGCAGCGCACGCUUACGCAACCCUUCGAUCUUAAAGUGAUCCACCCGAGCCGGCAGCCGCCGAGCGAGUUCAACCCGUGCGGGAUCAACAACGGCAACUGCUCGCACCUGUGCCUCAUCGACACUCCCACCGAGCGGGUGUGCGCCUGUCCGCACCUCAUGAAGCUCACUGCCGAUAACCAGACUUGUGAAGCGGAGCAGCUGGUGCUGCUGGUGGGCGGGCUGGGCGCGGUGCGCGGGCUGGCGCUGCGCGGCGCGGCGCAGGUGGCGCCCACGCUGGCCGGCCCGCUGCUCACCACGCCCGCCGCGCUGCAGUGCUACGCGCCGCACCACGCCGUCUACUGGGCCGACACCGACACGAGCGAGAUAAAGCGCACGGACGUGCGGGGCGGCGCGGUGGAGGUGGUGGCGGACAGCGGCGUGGCGGCGCCGCGCGCGCUGGCCGUGCAGCCCCGCGCGCGCCUGCUGUACCUGUGCGCGCGCGGGGCGCUGGCGGUGGCCGGCCUGCGCGGCGAGCGCCUCGCGCUGCUGCACGCCCCCCUCGACGUGUCCGCGCUCGCCGCGCACCCCGACUGGGGCGACAUCUUCUGGGCGGUGCGGCUGGGCGGCGUGGAGCGCAUCGAGCGCGCGGCCGGGGACGGCAGCGGCCGCCGCACGCUGCUCGACUCCAACCGCGACGUGCACCUGGCCGGCGUCACCAGUAUGACAAUCGACACGGAAAAUUCAUUACUGUAUUGGGUGAACACUGCAUCAGCGAGUAUUCAGUAUAUGGACCUUAAAACUGAAAAGGCUACGACGUUGGCGCUGGAGCUGGGCGCCCGACCCAGCGCGCUGGACGUGUUCGGCGGCGAGCUGCUGUGGGCGGACGGCGCCGCCAGCGCACUGCGCGCCUGCCACCAGCGCGACUGCAGCCAGCCCAGGGUCAUCCGGAACAAUACCGAGGGCGUGAUCUCGCUGCGCGUGUACGACGGGCGGCAGUCGAACAGCAGCGGCGGCGCGUGCGCACUGCGGGCGGGGCGCCAGCGCUGUGCGCACCUGUGCCUGCCCGCCGGCACCGCCCGCUACACGUGCCGCUGUGCGCUGGGCUACCGGCAGCAUGACACCCAGUGCACACCAAUCGAGCCAGCCCUGAUUUACUCGUUGAGUUGGGAAUUACGAGGUUUGGCUUUGGAGGGAGCUCAGUUACAAGACAAGGACGCUAAAGUUGCAGACGGUGGAGCGAGCAACGACGCUUUGCCGCCCUUACCGCAGAUCUCUUGUGCGGCUGCAAUAGACUAUUACGCGAAGGAAGAAUGGAUAUACUGGGCGGACCCGGAGGCGGGCGCGGUGUGGCGCGUGAAGCGGGACGGCAGCGAGCGGCAGCGCGUGGUGCAGCAAGCCAGCGCGGGCGGCGAGCCGGCGGGCGAGGCGGGUGGCGGGGCGGGGGGAGCGGGCGACGCGCUGGCCGCGCUGGCCGUGGACUGGCUCGCCGGCAACCUGUACUGGUCCGACCCGUCGCGCGCGCUGCUGCUCGUGGCGCGCCUCGACGGCUCGCACCGCUACGUGCUCAAGGACACGGAUCCCUUCGCUGUCACUACUCUCGCGGUGGACCCGGUGGCUGGCUGGCUAUUCAUGUCGGGCGGCGGCUGGAUACAACGCACGUGCCUCGACGCGUCCGAGCCGCAGCUGCUCUACAACGGCACCGCUGUGGCGCACAUCGCGCUCGAUACACAGAACGAGAUGGUGUACUGGGCGGAGGUGUGGGACGUGUCGGUGUGGGCGGUGGGGUACGCGGGCGGCGCGCGGCGCGAGCUGUGGCGCGGCGCGCCGCUGCACCACCCCGUCGCGCUGCGCGUGCGGGGCCGCACGCUCUAUUGGCUAGACACAAUGUUAGAGCGCGGCAGUAUAGUGCAGGCGCCAAUUUCGAACCUCACCGACUACAAGCUACUCGUAGAUGGCGUGGGUGACAGCCUUAAGGAUUUAUUGAUAUGGUCGAGCGCGAACCAGACAGCUACCGGCACCAGGAGCGGGUGCGCGAUGUCGGCGGGGUACGGCGGCUGCGCGGCGCUGUGCCUGCGCGGCGCCGCGCGGGCCCGCUGCGCCUGCCCGCACGGCGAGCUGGCGGCGGACGGGACCUCGUGCAAGCCAUACGAAUCAUUCAUAAUGUAUUCGAGGGUGACGAAGAUCGACAGCAUUCAUAUAGAAGACGAAAGUAACCUAAAUUCGCCGUAUCCACCAAUUGAAAACAUGACGCUGAUGCGCAACGCGAUUGCACUGGCCUACGAGUACGACACGCAGACACUGUUCUAUUCGGACAUCCAACGCGGCUCCAUCAACUCCGUGCAUUUCAACGGCUCCAAUCAUGAAGUUCUACUCGAUAAGUGCGGCGCCGUAGAGGGCAUGGUGUUCGCAGCGGCGACGCGCACGCUGUACUGGGCGUGCUCGUCGUGCGCGGCGCUGCGCGGGGCCGCGCUGGGCCCGCUGCGCGCCGCUCCGCCGCACCGCCGCGCCGCGCGAGUGCGCACCGUGCUGCAGCUGCGCGACGGAGACCGGCCCAGAGCACUCGACUUUGAUCCUUGUGAACACCGGAUAUACUACACGAACUGGAACGAGAAGCGGCCGUCGAUCUCGCGCGUGCUGGAGAGCGGGCUCGGCGCGCAGGACAUCGUGACCACGGAGGUGUCGAUGCCCAACGCGCUGGCGCUGGAGCACGCCGCGCGCCUGCUCUACUGGGCCGACGCCAGGCUCGACAAGAUCGAGCGCAUGCGCUACGACGGGUCCCACAGACGGCUAGUGACGCGGUCGCGCACGGAGCACCCGUUCGCGCUGGCGGUGGGCGGCGGCUUCGUGUUCUGGACGGACUGGGCGGCGCACGGCGUGCUGCGCGCCGACCGGCGCGCGGGCGACGUGCGCGUGCUGCGCCGCGACGUGCCGCGCCCCUGCGCCAUCGUGCGGGUCGCGCCCGACCACUACCAGUGCGCGGCGGACCCGUGCGCGGUGAUGAACGGCGGGUGCGCGGAGCUGUGCGUUGUGGAGGCGGGCGGGCACGCGGCGUGCGCGUGCGGCGGCGGGCGCGCGCUGGCGCGGGACGGGCGCGCCUGUGCGGCGCCGCGCGCGCCGUGCCCGCCCGCGCACUUCGCCUGCGCCGAGGGGCCCUGCCUGCCCGACCUGCUCGUGUGCGACGGCGUGCCGCACUGCAGCCCCGACGCAGACGCUAGCGACGAGGAUCUGUACUAUUGCUCUUCCCGCACCUGUCCCGAAGACACGUUAGCGUGCGGUACGGGCGGACGUUGCGUCACCACGUCACGUGUGUGUGACGGCCAUCCAGAUUGUGAUGAUGGAGCUGAUGAACGAGAUUGUGAUUGCAACGCCGAUCAAUACAAAUGCGACGACGGCACGUGCGUGUCGGUGGCGGCGCGGUGCGACGGCGCGGCGCAGUGCCCCGACGGGUCGGACGAGCGCGGCUGCGGCGCCGACACGUGCGCUCCGGGCGAGCUGCGCUGCGCGACUGCCGCCACCUGCUACCCGCCCGCCGCGCGCUGCGACGGACACUCCGACUGCGCCGACCAGAGCGACGAGACUGACUGUCCCGCUGAGACGACAAUCCAAUCGUCGUCGAGCCAGGAGUCGUUCGACGAGCAGCCGCUGCUGGGCUGCCACGCGGGGCAGUUCAAGUGCGGCGGCGAGCGGCAGAGCGGCGCCGUCGAGUGCAUUCCGCUGUCCUGGCUGUGUGACGGACGAGUUGACUGUACUGAUGGCUCUGAUGAAACUCUGCAGUGUGGCAACCGCAAUGCAUCCGCGCAGUGCGGGGCGGGCGAGUGGCGCUGCGGGUUGCGCGGGCCGUGCGUGCGGCUGGACGCGCGCUGCGACGGCGCGCCCGACUGCCCGCGCGGCGAGGACGAGGCGCGCUGUGCGUGCGCGCCCGGCGCCUUCCGCUGCGCGCACUCCGGAGAGUGCUUGAAUACCAAUGUAUACUGCGACGGGGACGCGGACUGCGAGGACGGGUCGGACGAGCCGCCCGGCUGCUCGUCGCGCUCGACGCCCGCGCCGCCCAGCCCGGCCGGCUCGCCCGCGGGCGGCGCGCGGCUGUGCGCGGGCGAGGCGGGCGCGCUGUACUGCGCGGGGCGCUGCGUGCCGCCCGCGCUGCAGUGCGACGGACGGGACCACUGCCUGGACGGCGGCGGACAGGGCGCUGGCUCCGAUGAGGAUCCUAUUAUGUGCGCAUCAUACGCCCGAGCUUUCGGUACGGCGGUGCAAGCGGCGGUGUCGAGCCGCGUGUGCUCGCGCAGUGAGUGGCAGUGCGGCAACGGCGCCUGCGUGCCGCACGACGCGCUGUGUGACGGGGUCGACUUCUGCGGAGACUUCACCGACGAAUCGCAUUGCAAUAUAAACGAAUGUGUGGUGAACAACGGCGGGUGCGCGCACAACUGCACAGACCUGGCGGUGGGGCGCGCGUGCUGGUGCCGCGCGGGCUGGCGCGCCGCCGACACGGCCUGCGCGGACGUGGACGAGUGCGCGGAGGACCAGCCCUGCGACCAGCGCUGCAGAAACACAAUUGGAAGCUUCGUCUGUUCGUGCGCUCCAGGAUAUCGUCUUAUGGCAGACGGUGUGAGCUGUGUGCCUAUUUCGUCAAUAAAAGCAUCGCUAAUAUUCACGAACCGCUACUACAUCCGUCGCACGGCGAUCCGCGACGACACCGACAACAUCACGGGCGAGGCGAGCACGUCGCUGCUCGUGCACAACCUGACCAACGCGGUCGCCCUGGACGCCGAGUGGUCGCAGGGCUGCCUGUACUGGAGUGACGUCACGCGGCUGGGCAGCUCCAUCAAGCGCGUGUGCCGCCCCGACGAGCUGCGGUCCGCUCCUCCAGAGAUGCCCAUAGCGCCGAAUGCGGCCACUCGCCUGCCCGCGCUGGCGUCUGAUGAGUACGCAGUGGUUGCGGGCGCGACGUUGCAGAACCCUGAUGGAUUGGCGGUCGAUUGGGUCGCUGGGAAUAUUUACUGGUGUGAUAAAGGCACGGACACGAUCGAGGCGGCGCGGCGGGACGGGCGGCACCGGCGCGUGGUGGUGCGCGGCGGGCUGCGCGAGCCGCGCGCGCUGGCGCUGCACCCGCGCGCCGGCCGGCUCUACUGGUCCGACUGGGGCGCGCGGCCGCACAUCGCGCGCGCCGCCAUGGACGGCUCGGCGCGCGAGCUGCUGCUCGGCGAGGGGCUCGGCUGGCCCAACGCGCUCACCGUCUCGCACGCCUCCGACGAGCUCUACUUCGCCGACGCGCGCGAGGACUACAUCGCCGUCGCCGAUCUGGACGGCAAGAACGUGCGGAUACUCUUCUCUAGGAAGAACAUGCCGUGGCUCCGCUUGCACCACGUGUUCGCGGUGGCGGUGUGGGGCGGGCGCGUGUAUUGGAGCGACUGGGAGACGCGCGCCGUCGAGAGCUGCCGCCGCAGGCCCGACAUGCGCUACAAUGACAGUUCAGUAGAGCCGCUGCACAGUGGCGGCGCGUGGCGAUGCCGCACGGAGGUGCACGCGGUGCACAAACCCAUGGAUUUGCGGAUAUUGCAUCCCGCCAGACAACCGCCUGUACCCGAGCUGACGCUAGCGUGCGAGCGGCUGAACUGCUCGGGCCUGUGCCUGCUGCGGCCCGACGGGGCCGGCGCCCGCGCCGUGUGCGCGUGCCCCGAGCACUGGGCGCUGCAGCCCGACGGCCGCUCGUGCCGCCCCAACUGCACGUCCGCGCACUUCGUGUGCCGCGCCGCGCUCAAGUGCAUCCCCUUCUGGUGGCGCUGCGACACGCAGGACGACUGCGGCGACGGGUCGGACGAGCCGGCGUCGUGCCCGCCGUUCCGCUGCUCGCCGGGCCAGUUCCAGUGCGGCAACGGGCGCUGCGUGCACCCCGCGCACAUCUGCGACGGCGUGCAGCAGUGCGGCGACGGCUCCGACGAGACCGACUGCGAUCAGUUCACGUGCCUGUCGGCGCAGUGGAAGUGCCGCGGCAACGCGACGGCGGGCGUGUCGGCGCGCUGCGUGGCGGCCGCGGCGCGCUGCAACGGGCGCAGCGACUGCCACGACGGGGACGACGAGCUGGACUGCCCGCCGCGCACCUGCCCGCCGCAGCACUUCACGUGCGGCAACGGCGCGUGCGUGCCGUGGGUGUGGCUGUGCGACCAGGACUCGGACUGCGAGGACCGGUCGGACGAGGGCGCGGCGUGCGCGGCCCGCACGUGCGCGCGCGACGAGUUCCGCUGCGCGUCCGGCCGCUGCGUGCCGCGCGACUGGCUCUGCGACGGCGACCCCGACUGCCCCGACCGGGAGGACGAGCGCGACUGUGCAGUGCGGUCGGUAUGCGAGGCGACAUACUUCCGCUGCGGCGACGCGCGCUGUAUCCCGGGCCGCUGGAGAUGUGACUUCGAGGAGGAUUGCACUGACGGCUCUGAUGAGCGAGAUUGUACGCCCAGGAACUGCUCUGAAUCUGAGUUUAGAUGCAACAACGGCGAGUGCAUCCGCGGGUCGCUGCGCUGCUCGGGCGCGGCGGAGUGCAGCGCGGGCGAGGACGAGGCGGGCUGCGCGCCGCACUGCGCGGGCCCCGCGCGCGCCUGCCCCACCGGCGAGUGCCUGCCCAGUGAGCGUUGGUGCGACGGCGAAGUGGACUGCGGGGACGGCGCGGACGAGUCGCAAUGCUCGCACGAGUCGGAGUCCCGCGGCCCCAGCGAGCCCGCGUGCGGCGCGCGGCUGGCGUGCGGGGCGCGCUGCGAGCCGCCCGCCUGGCGCUGCGACGGGCGCCGCGACUGCCCGCGCGGGGCGGACGAGCGCCCCGACCUGUGCGCCAGCGUCGCCUGCCCGCCGCCCAUGAUCAGAUGCGGCGAUGACACAUGCGUUCCACCUAACUUGUUGUGCGACGGUAACGCGGACUGCAGUGAUGGCAGUGAUGAAAACAAACAUCUAUGUCGUGACAUGGAAGAAAAGAUGUGCGGUGAAGAUCAAUACCUGUGUGAGGACGGUCGAUGUGUCGCUUCUGAUGAGGCGUGCACGCAAGAACGAGGUGACUGCACCUGGCGCUCGUGCCCUCAGCUGUGUAUGCCCAAACACGCACACAAUCAUACGUGCAAAUGUGUACCUGGCUAUCGACACCGACAACUAACCAAUGGAAGCAUCACCUGUGAAGCUCAAGGCGAGGAGGCGGGCGUGGCGGUGUGGUCGCGCGGCGCGCUGCGCCUGUGGGAGCUGCGCAAGCACGAGCACGCCAACGGCACCGACGGGCCGCAGGACGAUGACGGCGUGGAGGUGACGUCCGUAGCAGUGUUCCCACUAGAGGGCGCGUGGUGGGCGUGGUGGGGCGACAGCGCGGGCCGCCUGCGCCGCUCGCGCCUGCGCACGCGCACGCCCACCAAACCGCCCGCUUCUAGCGAACCGCUGCCGCCGCUGCCGCUGCCUGAUAGCGAGCUGCCGGCUGACAAAGUCGAUACUAUUGUGAAGGACGGCGGUAUAAUCCGCGGCGUGUGCAUAGACGCGGUGUCGCAGCGCGUGUACUGGACGUCCGUCGCGAGCGCGGGCAGCAGCGCGGCGGGCGCCGUGGUGAGCGCGGCGCUGGACGGCCGCCGCCGGGUCACCGUGUGGCGCCGCGCCGGGGCCGAGCCCGACGAUAUCGUUGUGUCCCCAGAUACUGCUGAACUAUUCUGGUCUGAGCGCGGCGGAGAGCCGGGCGUGUACCGCGCAUCUCUCGCAGGUGACAAUGUGACGUGGCUGGUGCGUCGUCACGUGCGUCGCGUCACCGCACUGGCACUUGACGCGCCCGCUCGUCGGCUGUACUUCCUCGACCCGUACCGUGGCGUGUUGGAAAGUGUAGCGCUCGAUGGAUCAGAUCGAGCCACACAUGCUGUGUUCAAGCAGCGGACGAGUGACGGGAAGGAGGAGAGCAAAGGAGAAGGGGAGGUGGUGGUGUGGGGGCGGGCGUGCGCGCGCAUGGCGGUGUGGGAGGACAGCGUGUGGUGCGCGAGCGCGCGCGGGCUGGCGCCAGUGCCGCGCCGCGCGCCAGAGCACGCGCACGUCACGCCCGCCGCACGCCACAGCGCGCCCGUCUCCGCGCUCGCUAUACUGCACCCCGUGCUCUUCGCCCAUCACGAUGCGAUCAGUAACCCAUGCGUUUUGGACAACGGUAAAUCAGCGUGCGACAGCAGCGCUGUGUGCGUGCGGGGUCCGGGGAAACGAUUCUCUUGCCUCUGCCCUGAUGGUUUACAACCCACCUCAUCAAUACCUGAUAAAAGCCGCGAAUGCGUAAUAUCUUCAAACGCAGCAAGUUCAAUGAACAAGACAACGUGCUCGCUGUACUGCGGUCCCGGCAAGUGCGUAAUACGCGAGCCGACUGAACCAAUUUCAACGAACGCCAACAACCCGUCUGAGGGGGACCCGAGUGUUGCGGCGGAGGCGUGCGCGUGCCCGGCGCUGUUCGCGGGCGCGCACUGCGAGCACUACCGCUGCGCCACGCACUGCAACCGCCGCGGCCGCUGCGAGCUCGCCGCGCACAGCGGGAACGACACAUACACUAGUCUCGAUACCACCCCACCGCCCUUGAAGUGCUCGUGCUACGCGGGCUACUCGGGCGCGCGGUGCGAGGUGGAGGCGGACCCGUGCGGCGCCGCGCGGUGCGCGCACGGCGCCGCGUGCCGGCGGCUCUCGCACAGCGCGGCGUACUGCGUGUGUACUCCGCCUUAUACUGGUCCACGAUGUGAACAAUGCACGGACCUGGGCAAUGAAGAUUGUAUGUGCCUUGACAAAUGUCUCAAUGGGGGCAUAUGCCACGUAAUAGAAGGCGCAUGGAUGUGCAAGUGCCCCGCGGGUUGGCACGGCGCACGGUGCCAGACACCUGGCGACCACGAUCACGACCACGAUCACGACCACGAUCACGAACAUGACCACGAUCAGGACUCGCACGCUGGACGCGACUCACGACCUGACCACAGAAGCAACGCUAUUGGAGGCGACGACCAUGAUUACAAACCACACAAGGGCUCGCUGUGGUGCUCGGGCAAGUGCAUGCACGGCGGGCGCUGCGUGGCGGUGCAGGGCGGGGCGGGCGCGGGCGCGUGCGCGUGCGCGGGCGCGUGGGGCGGGCCCGCGUGCGCUGCGUACGUGGGCCACGACCACGCCUGCCUCGCGCUCGCCUGCCCGCCGCCCGCCAUCUGCGCCUGGCGACACACCGAUGACACAUCGGAGCACGGCACGGCUUACUGCGCGUGCUUAGCGGGCGCGAGCUGCACCGCUCCGGGCGCAGCGGGCGGGGCCGCGGCGGAGAGCGGUGCGGGCGGCGCCUGGGCGGCCGGCUUGCUGGCUCUGCUUGGGAUUGUAGCCGCCUUGCUGGGUGUGCUGUACCUGCUGCAUAGGAGGAGACAUGGUGCGUUCGUGCACGCCCGUCUGGCGGACAACGUGGAGAUCAACAACCCCAUGUACCUCGCCGGGGAAGACGAGGCGAGACAUAACGACAGACAUACGCACAAUAACGGAAGAAAUCACUUCGCGAAUCCAGUAUACGAGAGCAUGUAUGAACCCCAUCAGAAUCCAGUUGAGGAGGAUGUAACGCUGCUAGAGCGCGGCGAGGGCUCCCCGCCCCCCGCGGAGGGCGCCGCGCUGCUCUGACACACAGACGAGCACUAGCGCACACACAAACACACACGUGCGCUGCUCUGACACACAGACGAGCACUAGCGCACACACAAACACACACGUGCGCUGCUCUGACACACAGACGAGCACUAGCGCACACACACACACACACGUGCGCUGCUCUGACACACAGACGAGCACUAGCGCACACACACACACACGUACGCUGCUCUGACACACAGACGAGCACUAGCGCACACACAAACACACACGUGCGCUGCUCUGACACACAGACGAGCACUAGCGCACACACACACACACACGUGCGCUGCUCUGACACACAGACGAGCACUAGCGCACACACACACACACACGUGCGCUGCUCUGACACACAGACGAGCACUAGCGCACACACACACACACGUGCGCUGCUCUGACACACAGACGAGCACUAGCGCACACACACACACACACACGUGCGCUGCUCUGACACACAGACGAGCACUAGCGCACACACACACGUGCGCUGCUCUGACACACAGACGAGCACUAGCGCACACACACACACACGUGCGCUGCUCUGACACACAGACGAGCACUAGCGCACACACACACACACACACACACACGUGCGCUGCUCUGACACACAGACGAGCACUAGCGCACACACACACACACACACGUGCGCUGCUCUGACACACAGACGAGCACUAGCGCACACACACACACGUGCGCUGCUCUGACACACAGACGAGCACUAGCGCACACACACACACACACGUGUAGACGCCUAGUGGACACAUAUAUCUUCAUAUAUCUCUAUGUAUUAUAAUAACAUAUCCCCAUAUAUCCAUAUUUUAUGAAUCUCUUCGACCGGUUAUCGGCGAUAACCGUUACAUUUUGAAUGACUGAUCUGUACUAACUUUCUCAAUUCACUUUGGAGUUUUUCAGUGUUGAUUAACGAUAUUAUAUAAGAAUGACUAACGUUUAUGAGCUCUCUUUUAGUGUAUGUUACAAAAUAUAGACUAGGGACAAGUUCCUUAUUACGCCGUUUUAAUCGUGGUAAAUAAAUUGAUUAUAAUUAUUAUUGUAAACUAUACGUUUAAAGAUGUACUCAUUAUGAAUCAAUUUUACUAUAUCGAAUGUACAUUUUAAGUGUGAAUGUAAAAUAAUGUGAAUUAUUAUGAUAUUAAUUACAUUUUAUCAUCGUGUAGCAUAAUUUUUUAGUGAAUUUAUUUAAAUUUUAUAUUCCUAAUACAUAUCUGAAUCGACCACUAUAUUUUAGAAUUGUAGUUAUUACAAACCCCUUUGGCAGCUCUUAGUAUAGAUAUUAUCUUUAGUACACGGCACAAUAAUAGUUGACUAGAAUUUAUGGUUUUAGAUUGAGAAAUAGAGACAGUUGAUUCGUUUUCUCAAUGACCUUCGUAAUCUUGUAUAGUACAAAACAUCAACAUGCAUCUAGUUUUAGCAAACGAGCUCAUUUUUUGCCAAAAUCUUGUAUGUAUUCUGUUUUCAGAAUAUUGCCAUAUCUCAUAAGUACACUUAUGUUUUGUACGGUGAUAUAGUGUUAGUUACUUAAUUAUGUUUGCAAUUAACUAUUUGUAGCAAAUCCUCGCUAGGUUUAGUUUUCUGUAUCCUUUUAAAAAGUACAACGAGGGAUUCUCCCCAGGCCUAUUCACAAUACAAAUUUUAUUGUAAACGAAAACGGUACAAGUAGUGUUAGGUACAUAAUAUUAUAUUCUCAUAAUAUUCAAGUUAGAAUCUCGUGAUUAUCUAAUCGAUCUCAGACCCUGGACCGAUUUUAGUUGUAUUAAUAUUAGUUUGAUGAACAAAGCUAUAGUUUAGCGUGUGCCAUAACGUUGUUAAUUUCGUUUAUCGGUUGUUCCUGACUAUGUAAGGUAUUGGCUCUGUUCGAUUGUUUUAGCUUUAACUCGGACAAAAGUAUACGUUCUCGCUCAAACUUUUCGGAUUUUGCAAAGUUUAUUAACUGUUAAAAAAGUUUUAACAGUCCCAGGGCCAUUGUCUUGGCAGCUAUUUUUAUUUGUUAAAAUGUAAUUACAAACAAUUUUGAAUUGUUUUUACAAGAGAUCAUAAUAAAAUGCGUUUUAUUUACAAAAUGAUUUUUAGGACUAGGUUAGGAAAAAAUUCGUGACGUCUCCAUUUUCGUAUGUGAAAAGAAAUUAUUUUAAAUGUGUUACAUUGUUAUGAAAAUGCACAAAUUCAAUCGAGCUCAAAUUUUGUAAAAGUUUUACCGUAAUUUGGAGCUUAUCUAACACAAUACAGUAGAGAUAUAGAUAAUAAUAUUUAGUUUGUAAGUGACCGUGAUGCCCCAAUGUGACUGUUGUCGACAGCUAAUGGAUAAACGAGACAAAAAUAGAUUUAGUGAAAUAAAUGAAUUACAUGUGA